GGCUGAGAACACCGCCGACUGUUUAUGAUGGACAAUUUAUUUCCCAAUGCAAAGUCAACAUAACACAGCAAACGUACAACAAUUAUUAACAUUUUUCUGGGGGCUCUCAUGAGGCUGGGGAGUCAGUCAGUGGCGGAGAGGAGCUCCGGGAUCAGGCUUAACUUUCCCCGGGACACAAAACAGCUUCCCCGCAGUCAUGACCCUCUACCACGGCCGCCCGCCGUCUCUCGGGGUGCCAUCGGCUCUAAGCUUCUCCACCCCCCCACUCAUCUACUUGUACGGGGGGGACAGCGGAGGAGUCGUGCCUGCUGCCCUGAGCUUCAUUCCGGCCCGCCAGCAGCCUCCGCAGAAGCCGCCCUAUAGCUACAUUGCGCUCAUCGCCAUGGCCAUCAAGAGCGCACCGGAGCAGCGCGCGACGCUCAGCGGCAUCUACCAGUUCAUCAUGGAGCGCUUCCCCUUCUACCACGACAACAAGCAGGGCUGGCAGAACUCCAUCCGCCACAACCUCUCCCUGAAUGACUGCUUCAUUAAGGUGCCCAGAGAGAAGGGCCGGCCCGGCAAAGGCAGCUACUGGACCCUGGACACCAAGUGCCUGGAUAUGUUUGAGAACGGCAACUACCGUCGGAGGAAGAGGAAGACGAAGAGCCAGCAGGACGUUCUGGACUCCAAAGCCGUCGGGCCCAAGCGCACGAAGGGCCCGGGCCCAACCAAGCACCCUCAAUCCUCUCUGAACCAUCAUGCUGGGUCCGGAGCAGGGGAACCAGCGAGGCAGGAUGCGGAGAGGUUGGAGACACAAGGUGAGACAAAAGAUAUUCUCGUCCAGUUUAACCACGCGGAACUAUCGCAAAAUCCUACCAUACAGAGACCUAAAGUGUCCCCUAACCAAGACAGCAUCGGGAGGGUGCGUGAUGGCCCCCAGCCUACAUGUCCCGUUCUGAGACAUACUCCGCUGUGCAUGGACGGCGCAAAUGUCCCAGGCGCGUCCGGCCUACGGGAGCCAGAGGACAGAAGGUCGGCGUUCAGCAGUAGAGAAAACGAGAGAGGUCCGCUCUGCGCCGUCAGUUGUGCAGGAAACACAAACUUGGCUGCACUCGCGCGGGACAGCCCGAAAGGAAAUGUACCAAGCAGGGAUAAAUCGAAAGGUUUUAGCAUCGAGAGCAUCUUGUCAAGAAGUGAAGACGAAAUGUGCAGCAGCGUCGUCGGUUCGUCAGCGGAGACAUGCGCAGAGCGCACAAUGAGCCCUGUGUUGAGCUCGUCCGUGGUGCUCGGGGCUCGGCCCCAUCAGUGGUACCAGAUGGGAUUCCCUCUCUGCUCGUACCUUUCACUCGCAUACCCCGACAAAGUACUGCAUUUUAAAUGAGUACAACUAUGAAUUUCAUGACUUUAAUGUAUUUUACGCACGGAUUCGUGGAAGUGUGUAACUAGCUUUGCUUGAUGAGAUUUUCAGGAUCUUUAUCAUCUUCUUCAUCUACAGAAAUAUUCAGACAAUGACAAACAGCAGCAGGGAGUCUUUUAGAAUCAUUUUUACGCACGCGUAAGUGUCAGUGGUUGUGGUUUGUGGCUGUUAUUCCGAUAACUGUUAAUCCUCAAAGUCUAUGGCUGCCCAAUUUAAUGCUUCAAAAAACCAAAAAGGAAAAAUAUGAAUGGAUUUUGUCAUUGUCAUGUGAGUAUUAAGGCAAAGCUCAUAUGUCAAGUGUCACUCUCCAUUCCCGAGGAUGAAAGCCUUAAGAGUUCAUAUGUUAUGUAGGAUUAAUGUCAUGGCUGGGCCUCUGCAGCCUAUGAACUCCAGAGAUGAGAAUAUAUGUAGUACUCAGUUAUGUAAUCAAAUGCUAGUUUACAUUGGACUCUGCUCUGAAUUCCAUAUGAAUUAUUAUGUGCAAAAUAAAGAUUAGUUUGGUAAUAAA